AGCAGCUCAUAGAUUUACUAGUGGCGAGAGUCAGAGUCCCUUUGCCGACGACAAUCUCGCCAUGGCUCAAAACAAUUCACAAACAUACGAGCGCGAUACCUCAGUAAAGAAGGAGGGGUCAAUGACUCGUAGCGUUUCUCCGAGACUGAUGGACGUUCCAGCAUCCAGCGAGACGACCAUACAAAUGGACAACAUACGAAUGGAAAGACCUGGGGAUAUGAACCGUCUUCCUCGUCGCGUGCUGCUCAACAUUCCUCCGGCGCGACGAGGCUUAAGUCAGGGAAGUGAUACAAUCCGUACAGCAUCGUCGCCUGCUCCAGCAAUGCAGACCACCACUGCACCUCUUCCAGUUCCGAUCACUCAAGCUUCGGCCCCUCAAUCGCGGCGCGGUUCACUUGCUCUGCCGUCGAAGCCGCCCGGCUGCCCUCCCCCGGUGGAACAUCAUGCCAGCGUACCUGAGAAGCAGAUUCGGCGGCCCUUGCAGCGUUCGCGCACGAACAUGACCGAGUCUGACGUUGGAUCACCAUGCAACAGCGAUACCGAAAGCCGUCCCCGGGGUGCCGCCCGAUCAGGCUCAGCAGCGCCGCGACGCAAAGUCAUUGAACGUCGCUUGCAGGAGUCACUCGCCAAGGGCGAAAUGCCAGAGUUCUGUUCUCACUGUGGUGCCAUCGAGACACCGACCUGGCGCAAGCUCUAUGUCAAAUACGUCGACGGGCAAAACACUGCCCUCGAUGCCGCUGAAGGCGAGGGCGAGCUCAUCGGCGUUCAAGCCCUGGAGAAGGAUGCCGACACUGGCAAGGUCACGAGAUUUGUCAUACGCAAGAUGUUGAAGAAAACUAAGGAUUCACAGCCUGGCGUUGGCUUCGAAACUGCUAUGGUCUGCAAUCCAUGUGGACUGUGGUUCAAGAAAACCAAGGAGAUGCGUCCGUCCGAAAAGUGGCACAAAGUGACUGCACGACGACGCAAACGACAGCGCAACGAAGACGAAGCUACAGACAGCAUGGAACCUGAGUCCGAAGCGUUCUUCACCGACCAGUUUGGGCCCGAGGAUUCUGCCGAGGCAUCAAAUUCGGACGAAAAUGCAUUACCCACAGAUGGCUCGCCUAUCCGCAGAAUGCAAGUGAAGCGUGUUCGAUCUAACAGCAUGCUUGCAGUCUCACGCCGCCCAGGCGAUGAAACAUCACUAGCAGCGCCGAGCGAUGCCCGUGCGGUGCAGUCAAGUCCAGUCCGCUACAGAGGUUCUCAAGAAACGCCAAUCGAGCUUGAUCUGACACCUGCUCCUAUCCGACGCCUCCUCUUCCCUUCGCCGCGCCAGGCUGGAAUUUCGAAGAGUCUGGAAGAUGAAAGUCCAUCCCAGCGCAAGUCCGUUUCUCCAUCCGAAUCGAGCGGCCAGAAGCGUCGAGUUACCCCCUCGAAAGCCGCGAUUGGCUCCAAUGACAAUGAUCUUACGGUCUUCGGGGCUAUGGCCUACGGGAAGGAGAACAUUGAGCCCAUAGAUGACACAGAUGAGCUGGCGUAUCUUUUCGAAUCGCCUUCCCAGGCGCUGUUCCGGACCCCGCAGCGCAAGUCUGCAACCAAAAAGUCGCCUCUCGCUUUCAAUCCCAAGACUCCGACGCAGAGCACGCAGAAACGUGGCGUGUUCAGCCCAAAUGUGAACGCCGCAAAUGGUGCACCAGGUGGCGCGGACGGAUGCGUUCUAUCACCCUCCUCGUCCCGUUACUUCCUCCGCUCCACCCCAAGCCGGAUCGAGCGUACUCCAGGUGGCCGCAGUCAGACCCAAGGACAACACACGACUACCCAGGAAAUGACCCCGUUCACGCGUCAUCUCGCAGAUAUGCUGAACGAUGCCGCUGCUAUCCAGGACGCAGCGUUCACGAGUCCAAGCCGGCAAUUCGAUUUUACGGAUCUGCCAACCUUCAGCACUCCGGGCAGGGAGAUGAAUUGGAAGGAAUUUGAUGAAAUGCUGAGUAGUGAAUUCGCAUAAGCAGAUGAACAAGGUGGUGCAGGGCCAUAGGAAAACGGCGACAGGACUGGCAUGUGACCGAGAUACGGCGCGGUGUAGUUGACACUCAAUAUUGCGAGACAAUAGCCAAUUACGGCCCUUUCAGCUUCGGUAGCUAAUCGAAUGCAAACGCACAUCUUGGUUCAUCAUACAAUGGUGCGCGGCGCCCUUCUUAUGAAGCAUUUGUUGAUCAUCGCUCAUCGCGACCGACA